UGCAUUGCCAACUGCCCACUGUAACCUAAAACCUAACCUAAAAAAGCAAACAACUUUCCAGUAAGCCAGUAACUUGAAAAUUAUACAACAUAACUUAGUACAUACAACUUACUAUUAGAUAAUUCUAUAAUGAUGCUUUAAAAUUUUGUUUCAAAAAUCAUUGAAGCAGGCUAUUAGUAUUUUUAUAUGAACAACUUGCUUUGAGAAAUGGGAUCGUGUCAGGUUUUCUCGUGGGCUAGAGCUGUACUCAAUCCUCAUUAUCUCGCUUUGCUACCUGAGAGUUUGGAUCGAAUAUCUCUUCUCAAAGACGUGGCAGAAAGCCUCAAACUUACUGCCGAUUUAAGCUCAGACAAGGAUUCCCCUGCCUUGCAGGGAGAAUGGGAUGAUAUAAUUCAAGCUCAGAUGAAACUACUGGGACUUGUAUCCGAAUCUCGAAUCAGCGCUGAUGAAAAUGCGGAAGAAGCUGACCAUUAUGAAAUUCCCAUUGGUGUGGAAGAACAACCGGAGAAAGACAGAGUUGGCAACAGUGAAAUCGACGCUCUGAAGGUUGGCACCACUGUCGUAUUCGAGGAACGUGUAAACGGCGAUAUUAUCAAUAAGGCCAGCAACGUCAAAAAAGCUGAGACAAUAUUCGUUGAAAACUGGAAAAAUAGUGAUUCUGCUAACUGUCCUAUUACAACAAAAACCGGUGAAAUUGAAGUGUGCAAGCGCAAUGUGUUUGUGAUUGCUGACGAUUUAGACCAAUUGGAUUUGCUGUCGCAAAACUGUGAAACUACGCAAGCGCGGAUUGGUGAUGAGGAUGAAUCAAUCACAACAUAUGUUGAUGGCACUCAACAACAGUUGAUCUUUGUGACUGGCUCCAUACUUGAGACUGAUGAUAAGGCUUCUGAAGAUGCUUGCUUGAAAGUGGAAGAUGAAAUCUACAUGAAUAUUGUUCUGGAUCCAGGCGAAGACAACUCGAAAGCGUCAGGCGAUGAUAGUUCGACAGAAACUUCCAACUCAAAAGACAAAGACAACCCGUUGAACAAGUUGUGCCAAUUGCUGCGAAUCGAUGAUGAAGACGACGUGGUAGAUAGAAGGAGUGACGAAUUGGAGAAGAGAAGAAAAUACGAAAGCAAUCUGCCCUACAAGUAUUUCUGUACGCAGUGUUCGUUCAAGUCGAAGCGUGAGAAUCAUUAUCAAAAACAUUUAAAGCUACACGAAAAACAUGUUUCUUUGUACAGUUGCAGCAAGUGUCCAUACAGGACGAUUCGUCUCGGCAUGUUGAAAAGACAUGAGAUGCAACAUAACCAGGAUAAAUUGGUCAAUUGUAAACUGUGCUCGUAUAAAACUGAUAACUCGAAGCUGCUGAUCAAACAUAUUGAAAGUAAGCAUACAGGCCACAGACUGAGGUGUGCCGAAUGUGGAUUCAAAACUGGGUCACAGCGCGAUCUCAACAACCACAAACGAAUUCAUGCUCCUGUCAAACAAAAAGAGUACUGGGAUUGCGAUCAGUGCGCCUAUAGAACUCAGAACAAAAGUCACCUGACCAGACACAGAAACGACAUGCAUGGCGAGGCGCGACCGUUCCUCUGCCAUCACUGCGGCAAAUCGUUCAAGCGACUCGACACACUCAAGCAGCACAAGGUCGUCCACGGCGACGGCGACUCGUCGAAGACGCACGUCUGCUCCUAUUGCAGUAAAGUAUGCCGCACCUCGGCUCACAUGAAAGAGCACAUGACUGCUCAUUCAACACAGAGGCCGAUUCUAUGUGAGCUGUGUGGUGCUACAUUCAAGACACGUUCAGUCCAUUACCGUCAUGUGAAGAAGAUGCAUUCGGAUGUAUCCUUCCAGUGCACCAUUUGCAAACAACCGUUUUGUAACAAAUCAGCAUUGGUGAAACAUGCCAAAACACACAGGUCAGGAGCCAGUUCAUUGGUUAUUAAAAAAGAAGAUAGUUGAUAUGUUUCAAUAAAAAUUAUUUUAUUUAAAAAUGGGUCUUCAACUC